UGUCGACACGGCGCGGCGGGGGACGAGAGCGGGGUGACAUGGGUCGGGUGGUCGUGGAGCUCUUUUACGAUGUGGUGUCUCCUUACUCCUGGCUGGGGUUCGAGGUUCUCUGCCGAUACCAGCACAUAUGGAAUAUUGAUUUGCGCUUUCGUCCGGCUUUCCUUGGCGGCAUAAUGCAGUCAACUGGUAACAAGCCUCCAGCAUUGUUGCCAAAGCGUGCAGAAUACAUGCGGAAGGAUAUAAUAAGGAUGGCAAAAUAUUAUCAGGUGCCUUUAACAGUUCCAGAAGAUGUCUUCCAACGUAUCCUUGGUAAAAACACUCUUGGAGCCAUGCGUUUCAUCACAGCCAUUGAUAUGACACAACCAAAGUACUUGGAACCCUUAUCUAGAGAGUUCUGGUUACGUUUUUGGUCACAGCAUGAAGAUAUCAGUCAGGUGGAGAGUAUUUUGGCUGUAGCAGAAAAGACUGGGCUAUCCUCUGAGCUCACCCAGAAGCUACUUGAAAUGAUUUCAUCCCCUGAAGUGAAGAAUCGUCUGAAGGACACAACUGAGGAAGCGAUAAAAUAUGGGGCUUUUGGGAUGCCUGCUGUUGUGGCACAUGUUAAUGGAAACCCUCAUCUCUUUUUUGGCUCUGAUCGUUUGGAGCUGCUAGCUAGCAUUAUAGGUGAAAAAUGGCUGGGACCAGUUCCCUCAGCUCCAAGCCCAAAACUGUGAAGUCUUGGGGAAAUACCUAAGAAUGAAAAGACAACACUUACAUAUAUGGUUGAUCUUUGGUGAUUAUGUAUCCAAUUUUAUAGAGAGAUGGCGUUCUCUUCCUUAACUGCUAACUCUACAGAUCAAUUUCAUUUCUAGUUAAGAAGUUUGAGAUUUACCAGUAUGAACAAUCUGAUCUGUUCUUUACAAAUACAAAUGUAUUGCUUUCAAAGAUUAAUGUUUAACAUUAAAGAUUUAACUUCUUUCAGGUUAAAA